ACAGGUUCGUUAGUUAGAUGUCUGCGUCUCUCCCGGCAUAGAACCACUCCAUAUCUGGACUACCAAAUAACCAAGAAUCUAACCUCAGCUGUCUGUAUUUGAAAAUACCACAAGCUUUGACUUACUUGUUGGCACCGGUAGCCGUCAAAACGACUCCUGAGGAAGACGGCUUUGAGGAGUCGAUUCGUAAAACUCUGACUUACCACCCGGCGCCAUCAGCCGGUGUAUCCUGAACAUAAAAGCGAGCGCUGCUCAAGUAACGCGGGAAACGCUCUUGUGUUAGUUCAGUGUUUUCCAGGGAGGAGCAGCCGUUACUACGGAUAGUUACGCAUAUUAUAGUUAUCAAAGACAAUAAAUGACCUGGCCCCACAGUUUUACGUCUUUUCCCUGAUCUGAGAAACUUUAAAGCAUCCUCGAAAGGACGCACCGGCCGCGGUCCAUCCGAUCCGUUUGAACCCAGAGUGAAUUAAGUUGUAUGUCGGUCUAUGUAGCCGCCGAGCAGUUAGCUCACACACAAAGAGGGGAGUCCAGCUAACUAGCCAAACUACCAACACAGACCUCCUGCUCUGUCCAUUUUGGGUGAACAUGGAUACGUUUCAGAAGGUGGAAAAGAUAGGCGAGGGGACGUACGGAGUGGUUUACAAAGCGAAGAACAAAGUCACCGGAGAAACUGUUGCUCUCAAGAAAAUCCGUCUAGACACGGAAACGGAGGGUGUUCCUAGCACUGCCAUCCGAGAGAUUUCCCUCCUCAAAGAACUCAGUCAUCCAAAUAUUGUCAAAUUGCGUGAUGUCAUCCACACCGAGAACAAGCUCUACCUUGUUUUUGAGUUCCUUCAUCAGGAUCUGAAAAAGUUCAUGGACUCUUUCACAGUUGCUGGUAUCCCGCUGCCUCUGGUGAAGAGUUAUCUUUUCCAGCUGCUUCAAGGCCUGGCCUUCUGCCACUCUCACAGGGUCCUUCAUCGAGACCUGAAGCCCCAGAACCUCCUCAUCAACGCCCAGGGGGAGAUCAAGCUCGCUGACUUUGGCCUAGCUCGAGCCUUCGGUGUGCCUGUCCGCACGUACACACAUGAGGUAGUGACACUUUGGUACAGAGCACCAGAAAUCCUCCUGGGUUGUAAAUACUACUCCACAGCUGUCGACAUCUGGAGUCUCGGGUGCAUCUUUGCUGAAAUGCUCACCAAGAGGGCCCUAUUCCCCGGGGACUCGGAGAUCGAUCAGUUAUUCCGAAUCUUCCGAACCCUGGGGACACCUGACGAGACAGUCUGGCCAGGAGUCACAUCAAUGCCCGACUACAAACCAUCUUUUCCCAAGUGGGCCCGGCAGGAUUUAUCCAAAGUAGUGCCAAUUCUUGAUGAGGAUGGAAGAGAACUGCUUGGAGAAAUGCUGAAUUAUGACCCAAACAAAAGGUUAUCUGCCAAAAACGCCCUUGUGCAUCGAUACUUCCGAGACGUCACCAUGCCAAUUCCUCAUCUGAGACUCUGAGUCGAGCUAAUCAUCGGUCCAUUUUAAUGCCAACAAUGUCGAAGCAAUAAGGACACUUUCACCACACCUCAUAACAACGACUGGAAUGGACAGAAAAAGUGGGCACUUCAGGACACAUUGCAUCCUUGACUGGAUAGUUGAUGAUACCUAAAACCAGCUUUCUAGCCUUAUAGACGUCCCAAGAGUUUGGCUGUUUCUUCAGCGGCAAUGUUAUAAUAGUUAUGAAUGUGUUCAUCUGUAAUUUCAACAUCAUUACUUUGCAGAUAUUUCUGUGCAAACCAUCUUUGAUGUAAUUGUACAUGUUUUUGAUUGAGAUUCUGCUCUGACUUGAGUUAGUGCGCACGUCAGAUAGACUCAAUAGUCCCCUAUUUUAUUUCCCGGUUUAAAUAAUAUGUUACUUUUGAGAUGUCCAAAUUGAAGUAGUUACUCUCAAACAUAAUUGAUUAAGUAUGUGGGAUAGUGCAAAUAACAAACGCUCUGUUAAACUGAGCAGCGGCUGAAUGAAAGAUGUGAGUUACAGUCUUCAUACAACAGUUUUUGUGCUAAAAAAAUCACAAUCCAGUUCUUUUGGGUUGAUUUUCUUGCAUUUAAAUUCUUUACCGUUACCUCCCAAAAAUCCUUAAAUUAAUUCAUAACAUCACGUUUGGUUCUUUAAUACACAAAAAUGUUUAUCGGUCAUUGAGGUUUGUUGGGAGAAUUUCUCACCCAACUGAAGUUGUCAGCGUUGUACAUACAGUUGUGAUAUACAAAACCUGUGGAAAUUCAGUUUUUACAGAAGUCAAUGUGCUGUUGCAUCUUUCUUACUCUCGAUUUUAUUAAAAUGUAAUUAACCUUUUUUAUGGAUGUUGUUUAUUUACGGUUUGCAAAAAUAAACUUGUGUAAACAA